UAGAUAGAUAGAUAGAUAGAUAAAUGUCGUGUGUGUGUAUACAUCCUGUCACCUUAAUUAUAGAGAAACCAUUGAGUCAUGUUUGUUAUUUUUCUAUUCAGCCUACACAGGAAGAUAGUUGGUCGCAGUCAAGUUCCACAAAUCAACAGCAACACUCUCCUGACGCAAGCCAGAAAAGUCCGAAAGGAACAUCAAAAGAGACCAAACUAUUGUUCCCCAGCAGAAUGAAAGGACGAGCUCUGUCUACGAGACGGCAAAAAGGAAAAGAUGAUGAAAAGAUGACAAUUCGAGAAAAACUAACCAAUCUUUUAACUGGUCGUCCAACAAUGGAGUCUCUUGAAGCCAAAGGAAUCCUAAAAACUGAUACAACGUUCGGUGCUCUCCUGAAGGAUAUUUGCAACAGAGAUAACUCCGCAGUGCCAAACUUUGUAAAAUUAUGCAUCAAGAGUAUUGAAAACCGAGGACUUAAACAAGACGGUCUGUACCGAGUUAGUGGUAACCUCGCUGAAAUACAGAAGCUGCGUCUUUCAGUAGACAACAUUAAUGCUAACAGUCGAUUCAAUUUGGAUGAUGAAUGCUGGGAUAUUCACACAUUAACUGGGGCCCUGAAACUCUUUUUCAGAGAACUGAAAGAGCCUUUGAUUCCAUUCAAUAAGUUUGAUAAACUAAUGGAAAUUGUCAAAGCAGAAAGUGCUACAAAACGUGAAGAGAAUUUAAGGAAAUACAAAGAAAUUAUUCAUAGCUUUCCCAAGUGCCACUUUGAGACACUUAAGAUGCUGCUUCAACACCUUCUAAGAGUAAUAAAAUUAUCUGAACACAACCGAAUGCUCACUCAAAACGUGGCUAUUGUCUUUGGACCAACAUUGAUGUGGCCAGAACGGGAAUUACACAAUCUUGCCAUUAGUAUCACCUACCAGAGCCAAAUUGUCCAAUUUCUUCUUCAAAACUAUGCAAGCAUCUUUUGAUACAAUAACUUUGUAAAACCUGUCUAAGACUGGCCAUAACCUGUUUUUUAGGUUAAUCUUUUUGGCUGACAUGACCCAACCAUUCCAGCUUCUUUUCAUGACAAUACAGAUUUGUGCAACAUUUGUGUUUACAUGGGGUGUAAUAUUGGAGGGAACUGUCUUUAUUCUUGACAACACACACACAAAAAAAAAAAGGAAAAAAAAACCCUUUGUUUUCUCCAGAAAGUUUUGGACCAAAAAAAAAAGCAAAAAAAACCUAUACAGUUAUAUCGAGUUCAUUUACCUGAAAAGCAAUUUUUUGUUUUUUUUUUAGUUGAAAAUAUUUCUUGGAUAUUUUUUUUUGUUUUGUUUUUCAGGUGUGUUAAAGUUGCUAAAUUAUAUUUUAAUUACGGAAUUUAAGUCAACAUUUUAAAAAUUCUUCUAGCCAUUCCUCAAUGGUAUUUUCCUGUCUUUUAUUAUUAAAAAUUUAUUUUUGUAUUUUCUUUUUCGUCUAAGGAUAUAGUAAAUAAUUUUAUUUCUUCUUUAUUUAAAAUUCUGCGUAGAGACUUGCUGAAGACUGUAAGCUGAUUGGCUUGCUGUGGAAGGGAGAUAACCCUGGCUGUGUUCUUUAUUGGAUUUUGUGGUGAUGCGUGGACAGGCAGCUGAUAGCGAGACCAUGUGUAUGCAUAUAUGUAUGUAUGAUGUAUAUAUAUAUAUAUAUAUAUAUAUAUAUAAAAUCAUAAAAUGACAAAAUAUUGUGUACACAAUCUAUAGCACUUCUAUUUCCAUUUUGUCAUUUUAUCAAAUCUUUACAAACCAGAUGCAUAUAUAUAUAGACAGAUAGAUAUAUAUGCAUUAAUGCACUUGUGUGUAUGCACAUAUAUAUAUGUUAUAUAUGUGUAUGGGUGCAUGUUUGUGAAAUCCCAGACACACAUGCAUGACAUGCAUUAUAAGUUAGUUGUUUUACAGCUAUUGUUUAGCUCUAGAUCAACUUUGAUCAAAAGCAUUCCAGUCGUAACCAUCCCCACUCCCCUUUUUUAUACUUAGGACUGCAUUGUCCGAUGCUUCCUUCCAGAUUUAUGAUGGUAGGAUGUGAUUUUGAGGGAAUUUGGCUGCUAUUACUUGCAGGUCGAGUGACUGCAUAGAGCCCCCCUCCUACUCCCUCGAUUUGCCAGUCUUGUUGCUCUGUUUGAAAGUGAUUGAUAUUAUUCAGUAUCUUGAGAUAAUAUCAUAAAUGAGCUUCUCAUAAGGCAACACUAUACAACUACAACUUUUCACAUACUUUACUUCACAUAUUAUACUUCACAUAUUAUACUUCACAUAUUAUACUUCAUAUACUCUACUUCAUAUAUUCUAUUUCAUAUUAAAUUCCAUAAGGUUUUCUAUAAGAUCUUUUGCUAGAAUUACAACUUACCAACCUGUAAACUAUUUCAAACACUCAAAACCUGCUGUCUUUUGAUUAAUUAGCAUGUUUAAAUUUAUGUAAUUCAUCAGCUUAUGUCUGUUCUUCUAUUUCUAAAAAGCUACUGAACCAUUCCUUUCAAAAUAUAUUUCCUCUUGUACAUAUGUUUAAAUGCAAAUGUGUAGAUGUUUAGUGUACCUACCUCUGUUUGUCGCUGAUCUUACUUUAAAGUUAAAUCUCCCUAUAUUUCUAUGUGGAUGCAAUGUCAAAACUUUGGGUUGAUUGCUGUCCAUAUCUCUGAGCACACAGUCUGUAUAUUCACCGAUAUAUAUAUAUAGACAGAAAUACUGCCAUAUAUGCACCUCUUAUACAGAUAAAUAAAUACUCAUAUAAACAUGACUGUUUACCUGCACAGAGACAUAUUUUAGACAAGCUCCAACUUUACCACACAUACAGACAUAAUAUUAAAGACAUAUUUAUGUACACAUGUAUGUUCUAUGAAUGUUGAUUCAUAGACACGUGUAUGGUGACAUGGGUAUAUUCAUAUACACAUGUAUGUUGUCUGGCUAUGUAAAGUAUAAUAAAUUUUGGAUGGCAUCUUCCACAUUCA